UUUAUUUUCUCAGUGUGACGAACAGGGAGAGGGAUGGAGGCGUAAGGGGUUGUGGCAUUGUUGUUUUCAAGCGGGAGUUUAUUUGUUUAUUGUCGACUUUAAAAAUAGGCCGCAUAGUAGCAAGCUAGCUAACAAAAGCUGUAAUUAAUGGAGGCAAGUUAGCUAGCUAGCUAACCUCAAGGAGCUAGCUAGCUUCUACGUUAACUAACUAGCUCAGAUUUCACUCCGCUGUUGUUGCUAGAUAAUUAACUAGCUAGAUAACACCAACAGCAGUCUACCAAGCUUGCCACCAGCUAUUUAGCUGAAAGAAAGGGUAGGCGAGUGUUUUAUUGUAACGUUGGGUAACGGCGGCGGCUAUCCCGUUGGCUGGCAAGCUGUCUUGUGUGUGUACCCUGGCCUGGGAUAGGACAUACUAUAACUUGACAGAACUCAAUGUUCCACAUCAGAAUGAAAUAAUGGAAGAUUCCCAUUUCAACUCAUCAUACUUUUGGUCUCCCGUUCCUACAGUACAAGGACAGAUUGAAAACGCCAUGUUCCUGAACAAGAUGAAGGAGCAGUUGAGUCCGGACAAUAAGGGUUCUCCAUCGUUCCCUCACUCCUCGCACUAUCCCACCGCCGUGCUCACCAUGGACGCUGGAGGCCGGGUGGUGCCCAAACAGGAAUGCGGAGGUGUCCAAUUGAACGCCGUAGGUGGACACCUGCACCAGCCGCACACCUCACAGAAUAUCACGGUGGUGCCCGUCCAGUCCACGGGCAUCAUGACGGCAGCGGGGCUAGUGAUAACCACUCCCCAAGGCACCCUGGUCUCUCAACCCACCUCCACACAAUCUUUUGUGUCCGGACCCCCUGCCACCACCAUGAUAGUGUCCGCACUGCACCCCACAAACACAGAGAGCAGCCAGCACUCCUCUCUCUACUUCUACAGCCACAACAAGAAAGAGGAUUUGGUCAUCCCUCCUGUUGUCAUGUCAACGCCCGGGAAGCGGGGCAGGAAGAAGAAGUCGAUGAUGCCGAGGGCGGGCGCCACCCUCCCCCCAGGAAGUGAUGCGUUGAUUCUGGCACACCUGGCUGCUGGGGGACAGCACCACACUGCCGACCAUUAUGACUUAUCAAAUGAUGAGGAUGAGCAUGGGAACAAAGAUGGGACCAAAUCAUACAGGUGCCGGAUGUGUGCGGUGACGUUCUUCAGCAAGUCGGACAUGCAGAUCCACGCCAAGUCUCACACGGAGGCCAAGCCGCACAAGUGCCCCCACUGCUCCAAGUCAUUCGCCAAUUCCAGCUACCUGUCCCAGCACAUCCGCAUCCACAGCGGGGCCAAGCCCUACACCUGCUCCUACUGCCAGAAAACAUUCAGGCAGCUCAGUCACUUACAGCAGCACACACGAAACCACACUGAGGGCAAACCGCACAAGUGUCCCCACUGCUCCAAAUCGUUCUCCAACUCCAGCUACCUUGCCCAGCACAUCCGCAUCCACAGUGGGUCCAAGCCCUACACCUGCUCCUUCUGCCAGAAAACAUUCAGGCAGCUCAGUCACUUACAGCAGCACCACAGGAUCCACACUGGGGACCGACCUUACAAGUGUAUCCAUCCUGGCUGUGAGAAAGCAUUCACUCAGCUGUCCAACUUACAGUCUCACCGCCGGCAGCACAACAAAGACAAGCCGUAUAAGUGCCACAACUGUAACCGCGGUUACACAGACGCGGCCAGUCUGGAGGUGCACCUGACCACUCACACGGUCAAACAUGCCAAGCUUUACUCCUGUGGCCUGUGCAACCGCGCCUACACCUCGGAGACCUACCUGAUGAAACACAUGCGGAAGCACAACCCGGACCCCCUCACGGUGGCGGCCGCCGUCGCCGCACAGCAGGCCCAGGGCCACACCCCUGGAGGAGGGGGCAGGGGGAGGGGCCGUGGGAGAGGAGGACGCGGGGCAAAUGCAGUGGGUGGUCCUGGAGGGGCGGGCCAGAACCCGGGGCAGAACCAUUCCCAGAACCCCAACAACCCCCAGCAGGGCAGCUACCCACAGACGGAGGGCGUGCCAUGCUCCUUCGACCUGCACCAGUACAAGACGGUGUCGGCCGGCGAGAUCCAGUACAAGCCAGUCAGCGUGGCUGAUCUGUCGGCCCAUAAGGACCUCUGCUUGACCGUGUCCACCUCAGCCAUCCAGGUGGAGCACAUGAACUCAUAGAGCGGGAGGAUGGACAGAGGGGAGGAGAGGAGUUUGGACAGAGCGGCAGAUGGACAGAAUGGAGAGGGAGGGAGGGAGGGAGGGAGUUGGAGGCUGGUGUCACUUUAAAUGGGAGGAUAGGCUCAUUGUAAUGGCUGGAAUGGAAAGAACGGAACUGUGUCAAACACAAUCAAUGUGUUUGAUUUCAGCUAUUUCAAUGAGGCCGUUCUCUGAUUUCUCCUCCCACCAGCCUCCACUGACAGGGAGAAAGGACUAAGUAAAAGCGACACUGCCUUGUGGUUGGCGAAGGAAUGGAUGGAAGAAUGAGGUUUGGCGAUGCAAGACCCAAUCAGAGAAGGAAAGGAGGGCGUGAAGAGGAAACCUGAGAUGAAGAGGAAGUAUGGGAUAUGUAGUCCAGUAUUGAAUGAAGAGAUGAUAUAUGAAUGGUUCAAAGAAGGCACUUAAAGGAGAAGACAUCGAAAAGGGAAAGAGAUGAGGGGGGGGCUGAUAUAAAGAAGGCACUUAAAGGAGAAGACAUCGAAAAGGGAAAUAGAUGAGGGGGGGGGCUGAUAUAAAGAAGGCACUUGAUCAAUCUUGUAUUUUUUCCCUCAUGGUUUCUCAUGGUUUCAUUUAUUAGUUGUAUGUAUAUUAUCAUAUGUAUGUAUUUUUCUACCAACGUUGGAAUGUGUUAACGAACGGCGUGGGAAAGUGAAAAGAUUGUGCAAGGAACGUGAGUGAGAAGAAACAUCUAGAAACAGAGCAGAUUUUGUAUUUAAGAAUGAUGAUUUUCUAUAUUCCCAACUCAUUCUUGCAAAGCAAGGGGUGCGGGGGAGAAAGGCGGAUUGUGUUGAAACAAUUAGGUACUUUUAACAAGUUUUUUGUUGUUUUUUUAAAAACCUUUCGUACGGAGUAUUACUACCUACGUUAUUCUUAUUGUACGCAACUAUCAAUGUUAUCCUCAUUAUUAUCCAUUGGAAGAUACUGUAAUCUAUGUAGAUAUGCAGUACCACUCAAAUGUUUGGACACGCCUA